CUUCCCGCUACCAGAUGACCAUGUUCUUUCCUUUCAAACCUGAGUUGUCAUGAGAAUGAAGCAGAUUUUCCUACAUGGAAUAUAUCACGCGAGAGCCUUGCGGCCAGGAGGGAUGCCGUGAGACUCGGUUUUUCCUUGACAAUGGCCUCUGGUUUUGUCGGCGGGGUCACCAGCAGGCGGGCCGGCAAGUAGAGGAAGAUCCUGAUGAUUUUGGAACUCAAGGCAAUAUCAGCCGGUUGAAGAAGCCUGUUGCCGAAAAGCUCCAAAAGAAGUACCGUGGUCGUCAGGCAUAUCGCCUGUUUCUUCAUAUCUAUCAAUUAAUUCUUUGGAAGCAAUGCCACGCUUUGGUGAACAACCAUGGCUUUCCGCCACAGCUCGAGGAUCUCGUUCGCGAUCUUUGGGCUCUUCGCUUGGAGACUUAUGCAAAGAAAAUUACCGAUGACGGCGAGGGGGAUGACUCUCAGCCGGAGUUUUUCAGUUCUCAACCAGCCAGUGGUCGUGAAGACACUGAGACAGAGACCUUCAGAGUGGGUAGCAAGCUCGUACAAUGGCCUCGUUUAAUCGAUACUGUCGCUCUAUGCUAUUUGGCGGCGCUCUUGAUGAGGCUCCCAGUCAGUGUCAUGGACUUUCAUCGGUAUGUUUUAGAUGCAUAUGUUGGAGCAGGGCUAAUUACUUUUUAUAGGAUGGUCAUGCGUAAUGACAUCCCUUAUUACAGGGUGUUCCUCCAUAUUCCCCGUGAUAUGAAGGAUAAGCUGCCCCAAGAGUACAUUGCUCUUCUCGAGACCACGAGGCUAUUGAAGCCGGAGGAUCUCCAUACUGCUAUAUUCGACCUUUCCUUUCGUUAUCAUGGCCAGUUCGGGGUGCAGUUCCCACCUUUGAAUACUCCCGUCUUGACAUACAGACUUAUCAAGAGGCUUGCGCUACCAGUCGACAUAUAUCCCGUCACGAAGAGGCUACAAACACUGAUAGGAUUUCCAUUCGAGUACCCAACCAAAAAAGUCGGCAGAAAAUGGAAGUCGCUCGACAAGCCUGAACUUCAACUCAUCACUCUCAUAGUGAUCGCAACCAAACUCUUGUUUCCAUUCGAUGAGGUUCAGCGGCAUCCCACAUCUGCACAGGAGCCUACCGUUCAGACGAUCAAUUGGGGAGCUUGGGCAGAGGUCCAGAAACUCCUUGAUCGCCGUAAUACAUCCUCUGGGAAAAUUGGCAAAGGCAAAGAAAUCCUUGUCAAAGAGGACGAUGUGCUGACCAUGACACCGGAUCAAUUGGACGAGUACAUGGACUGGUACGAGAGCUCUUGGUUAGACAACAGCAAUGCAACUAACCCCCUGGCCAAUCUGUUUCCCAUCGGGUCAGGCUCUAAGGAAACCCGGCAAAAUGCGCCCGCUGCUGAAGAUAGCGAAGAGGAAGCAGUUGAAGCAAUGUUACAAAACGCUUCUCGAUAUCUCAGAACGAAUCCUGUCGUUAGUGGAACUGAUCUGGAUAUACCUCGGCCUGGCUCUCUAUAUGUUCGCUACCGGCAUGAGUCUGAUCUACCAGACGCAGCACGAGCAUUCUACGAGACUGCAGCUAAGAUUACAGGGAUAUCUCUUUCCACUCUCGUCCGUUGUGUCUCCCAAGCAGAGCUUGAGAUUACCAAAUGGUUGGAGAACCAAAGACGCAUCAAGCAUUUCGCCGAACGCUCGAUGCAGGUAGUCGAGAAUUCGGAUGCUGGUGAGAUGGAGGAGUUUAGCGAGCAGGAAAUGCCCUAAAAACUUGCAUAUUUAAUCUUUCUUUUGGCAGUGAAGUCCAAAUAUAAUCUACACCAACAACAGAG